AUGUCCAAGCCGGUCGCGUCUGGCAACCUCGACGACAGAUCUUGGCUCGUCUCGCGCAAUGAACUGGGCGACUUCUUGUGCGGUCUUAAGCCUGUUUUUGAUGCGCUCUCGUCGUACAACCCGAAUUUGUCGGACGUGCCUGCUCUUCCCAACCAUUUCUACAACAGCAAGCUGACACAAGCUGAAGCUCGCGAUUUGGCGCAGCGGUUUUUCGACAAGCGCAGCGCAGACAAAACGGCCUAUUUCGACAAUCAUGCGAAGCUCCACCAGUUUCUGAAAGACAUUGACCCCGGUCUUGCUGCGAAACUCUCCCCUUCGGAUCUCACCUGGUACUUUGACGAACAGCCACCUGUGACAAGCCCGAUCAAUCCGUACUGA